AUAAACGCACACUCGUCAUCGGCAACAGCACACAGAAUCAACAGCCCACAACGAACCAAGUGUGAUCUAGCCACUCCCUGCUUCCUGCUGUGAGUAAUGGCGACCAUGGUGGCCUUGAGCUCCUUCGCCGGUGCCGCCGUCGUCGGCCGCUCCGCCUCCUGGUCUCCGGCGGUGCCGCGCCGGCGCGCUCUCCUCGUCAGGGCCCAGACCGAGCCGGAUGUCGAGCCGACCAAGGAGACGACGACGAGCGCAUCGACAUCCUCCCCCAGCCCCACCCCAAGCCCGAGCCCGACCCCGGUGGCGCCCAAGCCCAAGGCCAAGGCUAACCCCUCAGUCUGGGACGCGCUCGCGUUCAGCGGCCCGGCGCCGGAGCGCAUCAACGGCCGGCUCGCCAUGGUGGGCUUCGUGGCGGCACUCUCCGUCGAGGCGGCGCGCGGCGGCGGGCUACUCGACCAGGCCGGCAGCGGCGCCGGGCUGGGAUGGUUCCUGACAACCGCGGCUGUGUUCUCCGUGGCGUCUCUGGUGCCGCUGCUUCAGGGACAGAGCGUGGAGAGCAAGUCCAGCGGCGUAUGGACCGCCGACGCCGAGCUAUGGAACGGCCGCUUCGCCAUGCUCGGCCUCGUCGCACUCGCCGUCACCGAGUUCAUCACCGGCACGCCCUUCGUCAACGUCUGAAACUAGUGUAGCACUCCCGUAUGUGCGUGUACAUAUUGUUGAGCAACUAGUGGUACGGACUCUGGUAGAGUAUUCUGUAACGGAUUCUGUAAGCCUUAUACUCCCUCCGUUUCAAAUUAUUUUGAUGUAUCUAAAAUUAAAAUACAUCUAGAUACAUCCAUACUUGCGACAAGUAAUUCGGAACGAAAGGACUAGGUUAUGUUUCUUGAUGAUGUUGUCUGGGAGCUUAGAAUUACUGCAUGAAUGAAUUAAGUUCAUACCUCUGUA